GUUGACUUGAAAUUUGAGCUCCGACCAUCCAACCCCCUCUCCCUUCUCCUUCCUUCAUCUCCCCCCAUGGCCAGUUCUUGCAGAUCUUGCUUGGUUUGGGUCCUCUGCUUCUUCCUCUGCCGUUGUUUGGUGUUCGUGGAGCCUUCCCGCAGAGUCUUCCUGUAUCCACAGUCUCAGGAGAUAUCGUCCAUAGUUAGCAAGCAAUACAGGACUGCAUACCACUUCCAACCACCCAAGAACUGGAUCAAUGACCCAAAUGGACCGAUGUACUACAAUGGCGUCUACCACCUCUUCUACCAGUACAACCCCAAUAGCUCGGUGUGGGGCAACAUCCAUUGGGCUCACUCGGUGUCGACCGACCUCAUCAACUGGGCGCCGCUCGACCUCGCCAUCCAUCCCACCAAGCCCUUCGACAUCAAUGGCUGCUGGACCGGCUCCGCCACCAUCCUCCCCGGCCACCAGCCGGUCAUCCUCUACACUGGGAUGAACCGAGACAACCAGCAGGUCCAGAACAUUGCUGUCCCGGGGAACCUGUCCGAUCCCUUUCUCAGGGAGUGGACGAAGCCUGACUACAAUCCUCUGAUGACGCCCUCCGACGGCAUCCACCCCGACAUGUUCCGGGACCCGACCACCGGGUGGCGCGGAGCCGACGGGCGUUGGCGAGUCGCCCUGGGAGCUGAGAUCUCAGGGAAUGGAACCGCCUUGUUGUACAAGAGCGAGGACUUCGUGCGGUGGGAGAGGGCCGACUCGCCUCUGCAUUCGUCGAGCGCUUCGGGGAUGUGGGAGUGCCCUGACUUCUUCCCGGUGCCGAUCGAGGGACGAGAAGGCUUAGACACGUCGGUGAACUCCAAGGACGUCAGGCAUGUGUUGAAGAUGAGCUUGAUGGAGCCGCAGUCCGACUAUUACAUGCUGGGAACGUAUGAUGAGACGAGGGACAUCUUUGUGCCGGACAAUCCUGCGGACGACUACCGGAUGUGGUUGAGGUACGACUAUGGUAAGUUCUACGCAUCGAAGACGUUCUUCGAUGCGAAGAAGAAGCGGAGGAUCUUGUGGGGAUGGUUGAAUGAAUCUGACACUGAAUCUGAUGACAUCGCAAAGGGAUGGGCUGGUAUUCAGAUCAUUCCGAGGAAAAUUUGGCUGGAUAGCAGAGGAAGGCAGCUUGUUCAGUGGCCGAUCGAAGAGGUUGAAUCUCUCAGAAGAAACGAGGUUCAUCUGCAUGGCUUGGAGCUCACAACAGGUCUGCAUGAGAUCAAAGGAGUAAAAGGUUCACAGGCAGAUGUCGAGGUAGAUUUCGAGCUGCCAAGCUUAGACAGAGCAGAUCCCUUUGAUCCCACUCGGGCGAUGGACGCUCCUAAGCUUUGCAGUCAAGAAGAUGCUUCCGUUAGAGGUGGAAUCGGACCCUUUGGGUUGCUGGUUUUGGCUUCGGAAAACCUGGAGGAACACACGGCUAUCUUCUUCAGAGUUUAUAGAGAUCAGAACACAGCCAAAGUCCUCAUGUGCUCUGAUCAGAGAAGGUCCUCUCUAAGGCCAGAGCUCGACAAACCAGUGUAUGGAGUGUUCUUGGACGUGGACCUCGAGAAGGAACGAAAGAUCUCUCUGAGAACCUUGAUCGAUCAUUCGGUAAUCGAGAACUUUGGCGGCAAGGGGAGAGCAUGCAUCACGGCUAGAGUUUAUCCUGAAUUGUUCUUGAACACCAGCUCUCAUCUUUACCUGUUCAACAAUGGCUCCAGCUCUGUGAUGAUCUCAAGGUUUCAGUCAUGGGGCAUGGCCAAGGCUCACUUGAACAUAAAACUCAAAGACCUAGUUAUCGAAAACUAGAGUUUUCGGGUGCAUUUUUUUCACUGAAACUAUGAUAUCUCAAUUCAUCAGUCAACCAAGGAAGAAUCAAUCUUUGGUAUUCUGAUACAAGAAAAGAUGAUUCAUGAUAAACCUCAAACAUUUUGCUCCUCUCAAAA